AUGGCCAACUUUUUCGACCGCAACCGCGCAGCAGCUUCAAGCUCGAAAAACCCUACCAACAAGUCGAUUAUAGAAACAGCGCCUGCGGCGCAGCCCUGGACGGAGAAGUAUCGGCCGCGGAGCCUCGAAGAAGUCAAGAGCCAGGAACAUGCCACCGAGACACUUCGUCGAAUGGUCAACGCCUCAAACUUGCCUCAUUUGCUCUGCUACGGCCCACCGGGGAAUGGCAAGACAUCUACGAUCCUGGCGCUGUGUCGAGAACUGUUUGGUCCGGAAUUGAUGAAGACGAGGGUGCUUGAACUCAACGCCUCGGACGAACGAGGUCUCUCGGUAAUUAGAGAGAGAGUGAAGCAGUUCGCAAGCCUGCACCUGACGCACCCUUCCUCAGAGGAAUACCGCAAAAAGUAUCCCUGCCCAAAUUUCAAGGUGGUCCUGUUGGACGAGGCGGACCAGCUCACGCAGGAUGCGCAGGGUGCGUUGAGGCGAGUCAUGGAGAUCCACAGCGCGACCACCAGGUUUGCACUGUGCUGCAACUACAUCUCGAGGAUCAUCGACCCCAUAGCCUCGCGGUGUUCCAAAUUCCGAUUCAAGGCCCUGGAAGGAUCCGAGGCAGUCGCGCGUAUCGAGGCCAUUCUCAAGGCGGAGAAUGUGAAAUACGAAGAGGGCGUCAUUGAAAGGACUCUGAAAGUGUCGGACGGCGAUCUUCGACGUGCCAUCAAUCUUCUCCAGAGCGCUGCUCGACUCGUUGGCGCUUCGUCUUCGUCCUCCACUUCCACAUCGAACUCUACGAACGGCCACAAAAAGAGAGUGAUCGCAGACGAAUCGGAUGAGGAAAUGGAGGAUGUCGACACCGCCGCCGCCGCAUCAAAACCUGCUGCACAGUCAAACAAUAACAAUAUGAUCAAGAUAUCAGACAUAAAUGAAAUCGCGGGGACGUUCCCGCCGAAUCUCACAGACAACCUCAUCUCCGUCCUCCAAAAGGGCAACACGCGAAACUACAACAACAUCGCCUCGGAAAUCACCAACAUCGUAGCGAGCGGGUACGCCGCCAACGAGGUCCUCUCUGCGCUGUAUUCAGCCGUGGUGCUUGGCGAGGAAGACGUAACCGUCGCCGUCAACGGCAAACAAGAUGCAGCCAUGAGGAAAAAGUACAAGUUGACGGCCAUCUUCUCCGAGUUUGACAAGAAAUUGGUCGACGGGGUUGAUGAGCAUCUCGCAUUGCUGGAUAUGAGUUGUCAGGUUGCGGGGGUUCUGGCUGCUUGA